GCCUUUUCUGCAGGGAUUAGUUAUCACAUAAACCGAUUGCAGCAGACACCAUUCCGAAAUCUUCUCUUCUCCAUCUCUUUUCCAUCUCUCCUUCAUUUACCAAAACCCUACUGGUUUUUCCUCUCUCCUUCCCUGUUCUUCAACUCCUCGUCUCGUUAACUCCUUGCCAUUUCUAGGUUUCGUCUGUUCGUCUUGUUUCAGAAAAUGGGGCAUUUUAGAUUAAAGCGACUGGGUGCUUCAUUGUAGCCGACAAUUGGAUCCGUCUCGAAGAUUAUCUGUGAGUUUCGUUGAUUAAGACGAUCAUUCAUUUUCCUCUGUGCUUUUCGUGUUUGGACUCGUAGUUUAGCCAGCUUAAUUGCUUGAUUUGCAAUAAUGUGGAUGUUCUAUAUUUGUCUAUAUUUGCAUCUGUUCUCGGUCAUGAGUAUGAAUAUAUAAUUGAUUUGUAUGGAUUCAGUUGAAGAAAUUGAAAAGUUUCAAUGGAUUAAAAUGUCGAAAGUUAAAUCUCAUGUCUGAAUUUCUAGGUUUAGGGUAAAAAAUGAAUAAGCUGAAGAAUGAUGAUCUUAUGAUUGAUUUAGUUAUGUUUCUACCGAAUCUUCCAUUCAUAUCUCUGUUUGUGCAGCUUUGUAGUAAGGAAUACUUGGCAGGAUUUUGGUUAAUACAUUGUGGACGAUAUGGAUUGUUCAAAGAGUUUUGAGCUAUCUAAGGUGCAGUUAGAGAUGAUCCAUAAUGAACCAGAUGGUUUUAUCCAUGAACGUAGCCACUCCAAUUCUUCCCCUACCUCGGAUUUGUCACGAGACUCGGCUGUUAGCAGCAUUUUCCAAAUUGAUUCUCCUCUUCAGCCAAAACUAGAUGCUGAGUCUACUAGAAUCCAGAGUUCAUCUAGAGGUUCUCCUCAGAUUCAACUAUCCGGGGUGCUCGAGAACCAUGAUCCAAACCGAAUACCGUUGUCGAUCUUCUCUAGUAAACCAUCAAGUCCUAUGGAAUGGAGCACAGCUUCAAAUGAAUCAUUGUUCAGCAUUCAUGUGGGAAACAACAGCUUCUCAAGGGAGCAGUUCAAUUUUUAUACCAAGUCUGGAGAAUUGACGAAUAACACUAAUUCACCCCAGAAUCUAUCCUCCUCGCCUCCUUUUGUUGAUCCAGCAAGAGGGGAGAGUAAAACUGAAAUCGUGGUGAAUGUCUUCCCUGAACAGGCAGCAUCAACUGGAGCUCAAAUUCCAGCCAUCUCGACUCAGAGUGUAACAAAUCGUAGAAAAGAAAUCAUAAUAUCUGUGGAUGAUCAUCGAAGCCGCCCGAGCGAAUCGAACGACAGCAUGAACAGCUCUCGUUCAUUUCAGUUCCCUCUAUUGGGAGGUGAAGGUGCAACGCCAAAAUCAAACAGAUCCGUCUCAACAGACUCAUGUACUCAACAAAAACAACACCAGCCAGGAACGAAAUCGACGAAGCUGCAAUCGCUGGAGCAUCAAUCUGCAUCUAAUGAAACUACCUCAUCGUCUCGGACUAUGAAUUUCGGUUCGGGUUGGUUUUCCUGCCUCUCUUGGUGUCGAUGUCGGUGAUGACGACGACGACGACGACAAAUCUACUACUUGUUCUACUCACAUCUCGUCCUAUUCAGCUCAGAGAAGCUUCAGCAGGAGAUGCUAACUUUACACCAUAGCUAAUUAGUUCUCUCAAAUGGGAAGAACAUGGACUGAUCCUACAGAAGGGGAAUCAGUUAUCACUGUAAUAAACUUUUUUUUUUUUGUUUUUUUUUCAA